AUGGCACCUACCAUCAAAGUUGGAGAUACGAUCCCUGAGGGGGAAUUUGGUUACAUCCCUUACUCGCCUGCCCUGGACGACCUCGCUGCCUGCGGUGUUCCUAGCAAGCUUAAGACUGAUGAGUGGAAGGGAAAGAAGGUUGUCCUCUUCUCUGUGCCUGGAGCAUUCACUCCCACCUGUCACGUGAACCACCUCCCGCCCUACGUUGAGAAGUACGAAGAGUUCAAGGCCAAAGGCGUCGAUGUGAUCGCCGUCUUGGCCGCGAACGAUGUGUUCGUCAUGAGCGGCUGGGGCCGAGUGGAAGGCGUCAAAGACAAAAUUCUGUGUCUCUCUGACACGGGGGCUGCGUGGUCCGCCUCGUUGGGUCUCUCCCUUGAUUUGUCGGCAUUGGGCUUGGGCACUAGAACUAACAGAUACGCCUUGAUCAUCGACGAUCUUGUCGUUAAAUACGUCGAGGUUGAACCCGCCCCAGGUGUUACCGUUUCUGGUGCCGAUGCGGUCUUGGCUGCACUCUAA